UUUUGUAUUUAAAUCCCUCUACUGGUGCUUUCAGCGUAUAUGCAUGUACACAGAGCAGCCAGAUAGCAGUAAGGACAGCUUUCCGAGAAUACAGUAAGGGGCUUGUUGGACUGAUACCUCCACCCCACCCCUAGCCCAGCUCCACUUAGGACUGCAAGGGUGUUCAAAGCUACAUGCUGGAAUUUAACUGGAAGGAAAACUUGAAUUUGAGAAACUCGGCAGCACUUCUAGUGUCCUCCCAGUGAUUACAGGAAAGAUGAUGUCACCAACCCUUCAGCUCCUGAUCGGAUUGCUCUGCCACGUGACAAGCCUCCUGAUUCCCAGCCACGCAGCCGCAGAAAGUGCCACCGAGCUGAGAUCUGCCUUCUCCGUGGCCAGGACCAGCAGCAUGGAGGGAGGACCCAAGAUGGUCAUCACCUUCGACAAGGUCUACGUCAACAUUGGCCACGACUUCGACCCCAAAACCGGGCUGUUCCGCUGCAGGGUCCCCGGGGCGUAUUACUUCUCCUUCACGGUGGGCAAGUUCCCCAGGAAGAACCUCUCGGUGAUGCUGAUGAAAAACAAGAACGAGGUGCAAGUGAUCGUGUACGACGAGCACCACGGCAAGGACAGGAAGGUGCAGAGCCAGAGUGCCAUGCUGCAGCUGGAGUAUGGUGACACGGUGUGGCUGCGCUUGCAUGGGGACCCAAAAUACGCCCUCUACAGCAACACGGGCCCGUACACCACCUUCAACGGAUAUCUCAUCUACCCAGACACCUCAUCCUACUUGGGAAACAGUCUGAGUGACCAAAAGGCAGCUGAUCAGCAGUCAAACCAUGCCUCUGAUGCCAAGGUUACUGUUGGAAAUAAAGACUGCGCUCAGAAGGAGGAUCGCAUCCUCUCUGAUCAGCCGAUGGCAGUGGCGGAGAAGGAAGAGGAAGAAGAAGAUGACCUCAGGUCUGCGUUCUCAGUGGCCAGGAGUCAGAGUGUCUUGGGAGAGGACCAGGGCAUAUUUCAGCACAAGCCCAUGACGUUCGACACGGAUUUCGUGAAUAUUGGGGCUGACUUCAACACCAGCGCGGGUGAGUUCACCUGCCGCGUCCCUGGCGCUUACUACUUCUCCUUUACGAUCGGGAAGCUCCCGCACAAGACCAUGUCGGUGAAGCUCAUGAAAAACCACCUGGAAGUCCAGGCUAUGAUAUACGAUGACAGCAGUUCCAAGAGGAGGGAGAUGCAGAGCCAGAGCCUGAUGCUUGCCCUGAAGAAAGGGGACACAGUCUGGCUCUACAGCCACCAGCACGACGGCUUCGGGGCCUACAGCAACCACGGAAAAUACAUCACAUUCACGGGAUUCCUCGUCUACCCGGAGCAGAGACAGAAAAACUAAAUCAGACGCCUUGAGAUUAAAACAAACCAGUUAUUUAUGAAAAAAAAAUGAAAGUGUGUCCGAUGUGAGCUAUCUUUUGUGUUUUGCUUUGUUUUGUUUGUUUUUUUAAUUCAGAAGCAUGUUAAAGGCUUCCCAGAUGGCUGUUAUUAAGAUGAUGUUGUUGUUUUUUUUUUUUGUAUUAUGAUGAGCGCGCUUAACAGACAUGAUGCUAAGACUGACUGGAAGUGGGGUUUUUUUCACCAUUAAUGCUGAGCAUCCAGAGCUCUUUAAGGCAUUACAAAGCACUGUCUGCUGUGUCAACUGAUCAAAGCCCAAGAUUAGCUGUUUUUCCACUUGGACGUCUCUCUGUUGUUCUUAAAUGCCGUGCUCAUAUAAAACUGGAAUUGUUUUUAUUUUGGAAUGCAUUUGAAUAUUCGAAACCUUCUAGUUGUCCACUUGUUGUAGAUUUGCCUUGCAAAAUGCCUAAAGAGCGAUUCCUUUGUGAUUAAGCAUUCAUCAGGAACACAAACUAGACUAGCAGUGAGAUGAAGUGCAGCCUCAUAUUCAUUCUAGUACCCAAUUGAGGAGAAAGGAUGUCCCAGCCUCUGCCUGACAGGUGUAUAAUACUCCUGUUAUCUAUUCAGGGCCUGUUAAUUAUUUCAAUGCAGGCUCCUUUUCUAAAAUGAGUAGAUUUACAUCUUCGUGCAUCAUUAGGAGGGUUCAGGCACUGGGCGUGUGUCUACAUGCAGGGUGCUCGCUCGAUGAAGCUUAAACUGCUGUUAUUAAAUGAGUUACUGGAAGCUGUACAAUAAGCAAAAAAGUCAUUUUCAUUAAAAAAAAACUACUUAAGAAAAAAAGUAAUUUAUUUUAGCACUCAAUACAGAGUUAAACAGUGUGCUUUAUUAAACAGCUUUACAAGCACAAUUUUAAAAAUAUCAUAAGGCGAUAUAAUGCCCAGCUACUGUUUCUCAUCAUUUCUGUAGGAAGGUGAAAUAUUAUAUCAUGGUAUAUGUGGUAUUUGGGUAAUUUGUACAUGUAAUAUUACAUGGUCAUGCACUAAAAUUGAUCAUUUAUUUUGUAAGACAUGGAUAUAGUGUAUGAUGCUCUCAUUUCCUGUACAAAUGUCUUUCUGAUUAAUUGUUUGGUCUGAAAUGUACACGCUUUUGAUUUCCUUUUUGAAAUGCUAAAUGAAAAUAAAGGUGACUGUAACAAGACAAAUGUAGCAGA